UUGAGAAAUUUGAUUAAACCCAGCCCUUUUCUUUCAAUAGGUUGGAACACCAGAGCAUAGAUAGGGACACUAUUUUUCGGUGACCACAGAAGGAAACAAAACACAGCAAAUCUGAAUAUUUUAAAGAGCCGUUUCAAGAUUUAUUAAAGGAUUUAGAUAUUCUUAAUGUUAAAUUGUAGCAGUAGAUAAGAAUACUUAGAAGAACAAUUUGCAGCAAAUGCAGAUUAUGCAAACAUGGGAUUAUUUCUUCAACAAGUUAGGAUUCUUAUUUGGAAGAACUGUCUUUGCCGUGUUAGACAACCGAUUCUCUUCCUCUCCGAGAUGUUGUGGCCAUGUGUUUUAUUUCUUAUACUGGCCGCAGUUCGUUCAUACGAACCUCCAAUGCAUAUAAAAAACUGCUAUUUAGAACCACGGAAUUUGCCUAGUCAUGGAAUUUUUCCAUUUAUUCAGAGCUUGCUAUGCAAUGAAGGUUCAAGAUGUAAAGAUAAGGUGUUCAGUUCUGAGGACAGCAACAACAUAUGGAAUUUAGAAGAGGAGAUAAUGAAAAUUGAGGAAUCUGUUUUCAAUGAAAUUCAAGGUCUCUCAAAAGAUAUUUUGGAAGCAACAGAGAAGUUUUCUGAUUUAUAUAACAUUUGGGCAAAAGCAUUCAAUUUUAGUGGUUCCUCGGUUGAUACAAGCUUCAUAUUAGCAUAUUUAAACCUUACAGAAAAAUUAUUACUUGAUGCUGAGAAAAUCCAAAAACAGAUGUACUUUUGGGAUGUUGCUGCAUUGCCUUGGCCAAAUGGAAGUUUUAUAAAACCUAGCCAUUCUUCAAAACUUGUAUUUCCUGUGGAUGAAUUCUUGAAGAUCACUGAAAACUUGUUUAAAAAAUCAGCGAAGACUUUAAAGGAUUUCCCAUCAUUCAUUAGUGACCAUGUAAAAAGCCGGAAUGCAACUAGUGAACCAUUAAUAUUAAUGCAGAACUGGAUUUUUAAAGAUAUAAGAGAUCGUUGGAAUGCACUAUGGGAUCAAUUAUCAUUUUCACACAAAGUGGGAUCCAUAUUUUAUUCAGAUAUAGAAUUACAUGAAAAACAAAUUCAUUUGACAUCGUUGUUAUAUAAGAUUUUUCCUAAUGUGAAUACAAGCGGCCACCUUCAAAAGUUAAUUAUGUCUGCUACUGAAACAUAUAAUUAUUUUUUGAAUGCUACUUUACUAGUAAAACGUGAUCCACAGAAUGGACAGUUUAUUUUGACUAAUACAUUAAGACAAGUCGCAAGAUAUUUGGAAGGCCUUUUUGCAACCUUUGAUGAAAAGCAGUUAGAAGAAGAAACUGAAAUAUUGAGUGACAUACAGCUUGCUUUGGAGAAAAUUGAUUCCUGGAUAUGGAUAAAGGCUUUCAUCCAGCUGUCUGACAUCGUUAGAAGCCAUGCCACAAAGUUGUUUAAUAUUCGAACAGAGGCUUUAAAAUAUGUUCAAGUAGCAGCUCAGCUUCUUAAAUCUGGAUCUAUGGAUCAAUCUCAAGUGAAUGGCAUUGUUAGUAGAAUGACACAGAUGUUUUUAAAUAUGAAUAAUAUCACAUGUGAAGAUCUGGUUGAAUUUUUUAAGAUUACUUUUAAGCUUCAAAAUAUUUCAAUUCCAAUGGAUACUAGAAUGCUACUGUGCUCUUAUUUUGAGUCGUUGCACCUAGCAAAAAUAAGAAAUAAAUCUGAAAGUAUUUCAGAGUUUAAUUCGGUGGAUGGAUCACCGGCAGAAGAAUUCUCAAAAUGGCAAGGCAUACACCAUUUGCUUCAAGAAUAUAUAGAUUUGAGUUACAACCUAACCCAUAUACAAAUAUCAGACACUUUUCUAUUGCAGAAUGUAUCCUCAUUAUUAUCAUAUAUUUUAGAUGAAUUGGGUACAGAAAUAGGUAAAAGUCCAUCGUGGGAGAAAAUUACUGAGUUAAUUAACCAGGCCUGCAUAUCUAAUGAGAGAUAUACAAAACAUAAAAACAUCAACUGUUUUGCUGUUCUGUGUCUUGUGAAAAAUUAUAGUUCGACUAUGUUUCUGGACACCUUUAUGGAGUGCUUUGAAAAUCUAGAAAUGAUAUUUCCAGAGAUCUUUUUGAAACUAGAUUUGAGCUCUCAAGAUAAUCACACAGAAGAAUAUGACUAUUUAAAGAACAUGCUGCAUCUGUUUUCUGAAAAAAAUGUCUAUAACUGUAGUGAAACAUAUUAUAAGCUAAAUCUACUUAAUCAAGAUUUCAAUAACCCCAGCUACAACAAGAGUAAAAAAACUGAUGCGUUCAACAUACUAUUGCAAAAGAUUUUGGAACAUACCUUUAAAAUGUCUGCACACUUUAGGUGCUUAAACAAUAAAAUGCAUCUGCCAAAUCACAGACUCUUUCCCAGUUUUAUAAAAUUUUUGAAAAACCUAUUUUUUUCAAUUUCUUUUGAAAUCCACUCAAGUACACUACAAACAUCUGUAACAAAAUUUAAAACUGACGUAGCAAAACUGGAAAAUGACUUUAAAUUUUAUUUUUAUUUUGAAGCUGUUAAAAGCUUACUACAUUUCAUUGAAAAUGAUCUGUUGUAUAUGCAAACCCAUUUUAAAAACUUAAUUGGUACUGAUGAUGAUAUUCUAAAAGAAAUGAUAAGACGCAUUCAGAGUAAAAUCCAGUCUAAAUGGAUUGUUUCUACAAUUGAUCAAUACAUGGAGCUUUUUAAUAUCUCAACAUCUAAACUAGAGGCUAUUGAGCCCUUUCCCGGAUCAUCACAAAACAAAGAUGACUUCCUGUCCGAAGAGAUCUUUUCUUCUGAAGAAUUCUCAAAUUCCACAAGAUGCCAAGCUCUUAUACAAAACACAAUUUCUGCAUUUAUGCAGUCCAUUUUAUCAAGGAAUAUAUUUAAAACUAUUGAUGGUACACUUUUAUUGUACAGUAACAUAUCUGUGAAAAAAACCGAGAAGCUACAAAAUUCUUUAAAAAAAUGUUUACCAGGGAAAACACUUCAGGAACUCUUAUUAGAUUUUAAAGCUAACAUACUAGACAUUGAAAACCCUUCUAAUAAAAUAACUUUGGUAGAUUAUUUAAAACUGUGCUGCAAUUCCUAUCUUUCUGCAUUGGAUUCCUCUCUACUUUCAUUGUUAGAGAUAAACCAAAACGUUGCAAGUAUAUCUAUUCUUAGCAUGAUUUUGCAACACUCAAUGUAUGAUUUUUUAGAAAAGUCACUUACAAAAAUGUCUUUUUAUAGCAGUUUUAAUGCUGCCUCUAUGAAUCCUGUGUGUGAUCUCCUAGAGGUUUUGCCAGUGUACCUUAACAAAAAUAUAACCUUGGAAGAUAUCAAUAUUUUGCUCUUAAAUUAUGCUAAUGGUUUGCAUGAAAGUUUAGCUGAGGACAAUGUCACAUCAGGGCAUGUAGAAACAGUGCUAUUUUUUAUAAUUAGUAGAUUUGCAGCCCAAAACGUAAGUUAUGCUAACCAUCUCUGCACUCUCCUAAAAUAUCCUUAUCGUGAUUACCCAAAUGCCAACACCAGUACAAGUGAUGAUUUUGUUUUAGACACUGAUAUCAAGGUAAAUUCUAUAAAUCUUCUAUGCCAAUUUGUAUCUAAAUCUGCAAAUAUAGAGAGUUUGCUAGGAAAAUAUUUGAUUUUCUUAAACAAAAUACACAAUUUUACAGAAAGACUGCCUUAUUUUUCUGAAGAAUCCAUAUUGAAUACAUCUGAUGAAAUUAUUAUGGAAAUUCUCAUGAUCUUUAACAACUUUAGUAAUGCCAUUGAUAUUUUAGAUGAAAAAGAGUUGGAAAAGGUGAUUUAUGCAGAGAUUAAAAAGUUAUUAGAUUUUUUUGCAUUUGCAAAAGUUUUUAAUAUAUUUUCAAGGUCAGAACUGGACAUUCCAAUAAAGGAUAUUCUUAAUGGUAUUCACAAAAUACAGCAUAAAAAAAGUUUUCCCUUAAGUAUGUUAAAACAAAUGACCUCAUAUUAUUUGUUGAAUAAAAAUAAAAGACAUCCGGAAUACUUAUUGCUGUUUUGGUUAAAUAACAUCACAAGUUCCACUGAUGCAGAAACAAGAUAUGACAUAACGUUUUUAAUGUCUGAGAACAGCAGCAAUGAAAGUAAUGUUAAUCUGCUUGAAAUGAUAAUGGAAACGUUCAUUAACAUAUUGGAUGAUUUUGGGAAAGGUGAGCAUUUCCAAUUUUUCUUAAGGCUUAUUGAUGAACACAGUAAGCUUAAUUAUAUUGAGGAUUCUGAUUCUGCUUUUGAGCAAAUACUUGAGCAAAUAAGCUCUCUUUUUAAGAAUUCUGUAAAAAUUCUAAAGACUUUACAGCCAUUUCAUUUUGGCACGUUUACCAGUGAAUACCAUGGAAGGAAUCUUCUAACACAGCUAAUAAACAGUUCACUAGCAUUGUCAAAUACUUUACUGUCUAUAUCUCAAUUGUCUUCAGAAUCAUCAGACAGCAAAAUGAUGACAUCUUUCAUUGAAUACUUACAAGAUGGCAUGCUAAACAAUAAAAACAUAAUAAUCUACAUUGUAGUGAUGUCGGAGACCACCCACAGCUGUGAACUUGUGAAUCCCAAACAUUUUUGUUUACUAAGCUUCAGUAAGUCCAAGAAGGAUGAGAUCCUCAUGAGGAUAGCUGCCCAGGUGUGCAGGAGGGAGCAGGGCCAUCCGAUGCUGCCAGUGGCCGUCCUAUAUGAUCCCCUGAGCAUCCUGAUUCUGUGGCUGACCCCAUGGGAAGCCAACAGGCCUUGUUUGUCAGGUAUCUGUUUGUUGCUCUAUGAAAAACUGGGGUUUGAAGAUUUUGCAGUGCUGCAUCAGUUUCAGGACAAUAUUAGAAACAUACUAUCAUUUUUGCCAGGUAAUCCACAAUAUUUCUCUGAACACAUGUGCAUUCUUUCUCAAUGUAGUAACAGUUCUACUGGAAUACUGAUAGCUCUUAUUAAAAGCAUGAACCUAUUAAUUGAUAGGCUUAAGGAUGGAUACAACUGUGACAGAUGUGAGCGAGGUGUCCUUCUGGAAGUUCACAUUGGAGAUCUGGAGGAGCAAGUUUCAACACUGGGCAGAACUGACAACUUUAAAGGGGAUCCUCUGCUCACUGAGCAGGUGGUUAGUAGAGUUGAUGUGGAGGGUGGAUGGGCUGGACAAGACUCCUCCCCCAAGACUAAAACAUUUGUUUGUGAUUGCAUAGAAGAUGUGGAAACUAUAACUGGCCUGACACCUGUGGCCUCUGAUAAAGGUCACCUUGUUAAGCAAGGAAAUUAUUAUUUUCUUGCAAGCUUCUUUCAAAUUAGCGUGUCUCCAAAGUCACAUGAUUUCCAGUGUGACUUUGGAGCACGACUUCUGGUGCCAUUUUGA